AUGAUGAUUUCGGGACAGGGGUUCUUCGAACUUGAAGCUUGCAGCUCAACGACCGAAGCCGUGAGAAGGCGCAUGGCCGUCACUGCUGUCUUUGCUUUUGACCACCCCGGCCCAGAUGUUGACCCUACUUACAAGGACAGACAACAUUAUAAGAUCGAGAUCAUGUGGACACUCAACCAGGACACUUCCAUGGACGACAUAGACGAAGAGCAUCCCGUUUGGUACCCGGGGACCAUGAAUACACGGUUCCAAAUCCCCGAAGACAGAUUCCGCCUGUUAUUUGCCGAGGCGACCCUCUGCUUUGCGUUCCAUAACACUUUCUCUAUCACAGCUUCUUCUGCAAAGCUGUUGAACUAA